AGAUAUCUAUGUCAAUAAACGUCGAAGAAGAAGUCGUAGUAGAAGAAGACAUGAAAAUAUUUUUCAAGCGAGGACGUAAUGUACAGCUCUGCUGCAGCAUAUAGAAUAACAGAUGGGGGAACAUUUUCUGAAAAUGAAUGAACAGAUGGAACAAUCCACUCAUGAGAAGGACAUGGCAGUUCAACCGGAAACUCCAGUUUCAUCGCAGAGCUUAGACACACAAGAGCAUCAAGAGGCACAUGAAAAUACACGUACAAUUUCAGUUGCAGCAAUACCAUCUUUAGUCUCUGAGCAUAACAUGGAGGGCUUUGGUACUGAAAUGUCAGAAGAUUCAGACAGCUCUUCAUCCUCUUUUUCACCUGACACUGUGUUUGAAAAUGCUGCUGAUGAUGAGGAUUUAAACCAACCAGCUCCCUUUAAAACAAAAGAUGAAAUUUUACUUGAGGAUUUGCCAGCAGUGGAGGAACUGACUGUGUCACUACCAGAUGAUGUAGAACUAAUCCCAGUUGGAACAGUAUCUAGUAUCAUACAGCAGCUUGUAAUAAUCCAGUCUCUGCAAGACUCACCCGCUUUGAAUGACGACAGCAUCAUCUUCCAAUCUGAUCGAAGAGCUUUGGGCAAGGUUUUCGAAGUCUUUGGUCCUGUAGCCAGACCUCUGUAUAUCUUGCGUUUCAACUCUCCUGGUGAUCUCAGCUCUCAGGGGCUGACACUUGGAUUGAUUGUUUAUUACGCACCACAUGUGAAAGAAUAUACUGAAUACAUCCUCCUACAACAACUUCAACUUUCAAAGGGCUCAGAUGCCUCCUGGAAAAAUGAUCAAGAACCACCAGUAGAGGCUUUAGACUACAGUGAUGAUGAGAAGGAGCAGCAAGCUAAGAGGAGAGUGAAAAACACAAAGCACAACACAGAAAUUCUUAUGGUGAAGACUCUGCAGCCGCACCGUGUAACACCAAGACAUUCAGACGCUCCAUUCAGGCAUCUUAAUGGAAACAACCCCCACCAUCCUUUUCGUCAAUCUUGUCAGCCACCCCUGCACACAGAUGUUACCCGCGAGUACCAUGCUCCUCCCUGCCUUGAUCUACCCUAUCCUCCUCCCUCAGUCACAUUCCCUCCUCCUUCUUUCUUUAGUCCAUCAUACACCUCUACCGGCGAGUACCAUGCUCCUCCCUGCCUUGAUCUACCCUAUCCUCCUCCCUCAAUCAACUUCCCUCGCUUCCCUCCAUCAUUCUUUAGUCCAUCAUACACCUCUCUACUCUGUCCACCAAAUUCUGUCCCUUUUUCAAAUUUCCAUCCUCCGCCACCACCACCACCACCACAAUAAAAUUCAACACAUUGGACUAACUGUAUAAAGUCUGCAGUCUGUGCAUCUAAAGAAGAGUCUGAUCAAUAUGGAUGUUUUAUGCUAAUUAUAAUAUUUGGCAUAUCAAUUUUCAGAACAAAAUUCUAAUGACCUUGUAACCAGUUGAUUAAUUUUAAAUGUUUAAUGGACAAAGUAAAUUUUUUGGGUCAAUAAAAGAUAUAAAUGACA